CCUCGGCGCAGUCCAUCUUGCCUCUCAUAUCGCUGCUGUCAGCUUCUGCCAGCGCGCCGUCCGUGUUGUUGUAGUAAAUAAUGGCGGCAUCGGGAGGCGGAUUACCAUCUCCCGCUACCGUCGCGGGCUUAAGUGCCCAAGGGGUCGCCCGGGCUCGUUUCCCGGGUCGGCCGUCCACAGUUCGCAGCAGGCUGCGGUCGGAGAAACGUACCAGACGCGGAAGGUUGGGCUCGGACGACGGGGAGCUCGCUGCCGGAGGGCCGAGGCCCGUCAACAUCGGCCUUGCGUUGAGCGAAGAUCCGUCCCUGCUGCGUCUGCUCGGCGUGGCGGAGAAGCACAGGCGGCAGAGAGAUGCGGGGUUCGACUCCAGCGACAGUGAGGAGGAGGAAGAUUUCACUGGAUUUGGGACCACAAGAGUUCGUCCACAGAAAACAUCUGUCACUCUUCUCGAUUCGUCAUUACUCAGCCAAGCAAAGUCUCCCCAAACUUCAGACCAUUCUCUGGGAGCAAAACCUCUCAUUGGAAAAAUUAUACCCAGGACUCCAAAACCGUCUAUUAUUGGGAAAAUUGUACCAAGGCUCCCUAAAGAAGGCCAGGAUGUCAAAGACAGACCUGUAAAAGACAAAGACAUACCCAAGGUGGUAGUUAAACUGCACGGCAAGCAGGUAGAUCUCCCUGCAAAAGCCAAACAUGCAGAUGGGCAGGCCUCAGGUAGACAGAGCAGCACAAGAUCAGCUGACUUUAAUAGUAAAGCAGGAAAAUCAGCAGACUCAGGCAGCAUGCAAAACCAAACAGCCGCUACCUCAGCUGGUAGCACCAAGCAAGAUAAGCUGGUGAGCCCUCUGGCAGCAGUCAAGGGCGCAGGAAAAGCUUCCAAGGUCAAGGAACAAGGCGAGGUGUCAGAGGAUCCAGACACAGACCAGUCCCAGCCACAGAGAGCUGUGAAACGCAUGAAGGGCUUUCGAAUUGGGAACAGCAGACGCACAUCUCAAGCCAUUGCUUUGUCAAUCACAUCCUUUCGCAAACGGCAAAGAAAGAGAAUGGCUAAGAAUAUGGGUGCCUCUCCAGAAGCUGGGGCAGAGGCCGGUGCCCAGAGUGGAGAGGAGGCAGCAAUGCCUUUUGAGUGUAAAUCCGUAGAUUCCUCUGAGAAAACGGCUCAAAAAAGACCACGCAAAUCUUUGUUUGGGCACAAGCGAAAGCAGACAAGCGACGUUCCAAUCCUAAAUCGUCCAAAAAUAAGUCGGAAUCGCACUAGGCGUGUUUAUUACACCUAUGUACCAGAACCCAUUCCAUCCACAACUACACUGCAAGGUCAGAAUGUCCCUCCAUCAGAGGGUGAGACGAGCUCGUUUUCUGAAGUCCAGCAGAGUGCAAACAACUCCUCCACUCUUGUGAUGAGUGCACGGUCCUCCCGCGUUAUUAAAGUUCCGAAGAGGUUCUUGGACGAGGAAAUGAUUCCCUUUCCAAAGGGCUCUCUGUCAACAUGGAGGAAAAAUCAACAGAGAGAGGAUGGAAAACCAAGUCCAUCAGGUCAAGAGUCGAGCUAUGACGACAUCUCGCUGCAGUCAGACAGUGACUAUAUGUCUGUGGUUGACAGCCCAUCUGCAGGGACAAAGUUCUCAUCCAAGCCCAAUCCGGGCACGAGCCACCUAGAAAUCUACAAGAACCUCAAGAAACUGACCUUGAAAGUUGCGGAGAAAAAGAAAGGCCAGCCCGACACCCAGGGGGAUUAUAUACAUCCCGGCGAUGGUUUGACCUCUCAUGUCAAGAAGAGGAGGAGGUCAAAGCUCAUGAUGGAGGAGAUGGACUCUCCUGGUGUUGUGAGGAAACUAGCCGUGGUGGUGAACACUGAUGUGGAAGCCCCCUCGCGUAUGCCAUUAGAAGAUACAGGCAACAAUAAUGAAGCAGGGAUCGUGACUGGGGACAGUCAUGAGGCGUUGGAAGUCAGCGGGCCCAGCUAUCGAAUUGGUCUCAGUGGAGCUAAUAAGACGAUGCUUCACCUGCUGAAGAAAGCCAAAGUCCAGCUCAUCAAGAUUGAUCAGCAGAAGCAGCUCAAGUUGUCACAGUUGGGCUCCAGAGAAUCUCGAGUGCCAGUGAGUGGAAGAAGGAGGAGGAGGAGGAGAGUUGGCGUAUGUCCCAAAGAUAUUGGUCCUCAGGAGCAGCCACUGGGUGGUCCGAGGAUCAAACAUGUCUGUCGGGCAGCAGCAGUGGCUUUGGGGCAGCCCCGUGCCAUGGUGCCAGAUGAUAUUCCCAGACUCAGCGCCCUGCCACUUCACGAGAGGGAGGGCAUCACCUUUUCUCCAACAGCAGAAGAUGUGGCCGACGAUGACGAUGACAUCACUGAUCAGGGCAGGGCUCAGUGGGUUGUCUCUCAGGAGACCAUCCAGCGGAGGAGGGGGAGGGGAAGGGGUAGGGGCCACAGAUUAAAAAGAAGGAAGCCCCUGAGUCAGUAUGCACCUGGGGGAGUCCGUGCCCGGCGCUGUGGACGCUGCAGAGGUUGUUUGAUAGAGGAGGACUGCGCAAAGUGCAUCAACUGCCUCGAUAAGCCCAAGUUCGGGGGGCCCAACACCAAGCGGCAGUGUUGCAUAUAUAAGAAGUGUGAUCGGAUUGAGAAAGCGAAGAUUGAUCGAAUCAUCAAACCAUUGAAAGUCCAAUCGAGGCGGCUGUCGGGCUGUGUGUCAAGUAGUGAUGAUUCCAACUGGAGGUUCGGAGGGGCAGGCGAGGGAUCGUCCUCGAUGGCGCUCGGAGUCCAGAAACACUCCCUGCGUAACAUCACACCGCGUUCCUACAGCAGCUUGCUGAAGUCUGAAUCUGAAGAAGAGGAGGAAGAAGAACAAGGGGAUAAGGCAGUUAAACAGUCAACAGUCAAGCCAAGUGUAGCAUCUGCUAACCAAGAUCCUGCUUCCCAAGAUGGUGGAUCAGUGCCAAACAUCCCUCCAUCUGAGGUGGUGAAGCAUCGCCGACCGUUCUCCAGAGGAGCUGGGAGCAGACCCAGAGCUUACAAGGAACAGGAGAGCACGGAGGAGAUGGAGCCCAGAGAAACUUUACCAGAAACCAGCCCAGCCAGGAGCCCAAUGCCGAAGCUGCAGAAGCAGCUACAAAUACACUUAUACCGUCUGCCUGAUUUUAUCCUGCAGUCUGCUCUGUCUUUGCCACAGCAGUUGCCUCAGUGUCUGGAUCAGUGUGCUUCACAAUCGCAUCCAAUAUUGUCCCAGCUUGUAACACAGCCUGCUAUUUCACAUCCAUCACAUAUCACAACACAGUCUCCUCCUGAAUUGUCCCAGCCUGUAACUCAUCCCGCUUCUCCACUUUCCCCACACCCCAUAACAGACUCUAAAAUGAAAUCCUUGCUGUUGCGUUUGCAUCGUUUGCCCAAGUCUCAGGUGCAGUCAGUCUUGCAUUGGCAAAAAUGUAUAUCAUCAUCAUCAUCAUCUUCCGAACACUCUCCCCAGUCCACACUGCACUCAUCUCUGUCAGAGGUUUCUUCAAAGUUGUGUUUUCAGGAACAUCCAGAGUCUGAGGUGCAGCACCCAGACGUUUUGACUGAGACAAACACAGCUAACAAAGAUAAACCAGUGCACAAAAGUUUGCAAGUGCUCCCUCAGACUGUCGAUCCGCAAACAGAGUUACAGGAGGGCACGCAAGAGGAUCAGGAGGACGAACGAGGGGAUCAACCGGAAGAGGAGAAGGAGGACGUUUCUGUGAAAGGGACAGUGCCGCAAAACUGUCCAACAACUGACACACACUAUGUCCUUCGUUCCCAGAAUCCUGCAGAGUGUGCGUCAGUGAACACCCUGACGGGGUUAACUAACGGAUUUCCCCAAAAGGGCCCGUUGCAGCACAAGUACAAGAUCCGUGUGGACUUCAAGGAGGACUGUGCUGUACAAAAUGUAUGGCUAAUGGGAGGCCUCAGUGUCCUCACGUCUGUCCCUACCACGCCACAACCUGUCUGUCUGCUUUGUGCCAGUAAAGGGCGACAUGAGAUGAUAUUCUGCCAGAUCUGCUGUGAGCCUUUCCACAGUUUCUGCCUCUCGCCAGAGGAACGCCCAAUAAAACAGAACAAGGAGAACUGGUGCUGCAGGCGCUGCAAAUUCUGUCACGUGUGUGGCCGUCGAAGCAAAAACACGAAGCCUGUGUUGCAGUGCAGAAGAUGUCAAACAUCCUACCACCCUUCCUGCUUGGGACCAACUUACCCUAAACCUAUGAACUGCAGCAUGCCUUGGGUGUGCAUGACAUGCAUUCGGUGUAAAAGCUGUGGCGUGACUCCUGGAAAGAGCUGGGACUUGGCCUGGAAUCACGAGCAGGACCUCUGUCCUGACUGCAGUCUUCUGCACAACAAAGGUAAUUUCUGCACUGUCUGCCACAAGUGCUACGAUGACAACAAGAAACAAGCUCAGAUGAUUCAGUGUUCAGAGUGCAGCCACUGGAUUCAUUACACGUGUGAAGGACUUUCUGAUGAGCUGUUUGGGUUGCUGUCAAACCAACCAGAAGAAGUGUUUUUCACCUGUCAACCAUGCGGACAGCACCCAACUGAACACAGCAGCUUGAAGGAAAAGCUGCAGAGCAGGCUGAUGGCCGGGCUGGAGGAGGUGCUCACUGGCCUCCUCUCCCACUACACCACACAGCACCUCCUUAUCUGUAAAAUGUGUCAGGAAACAGACAACACACACUUUGUAAGGGUGCAGCAACCAGUCUGUGAUCUACAAGCCAUGGAGAAGAAGUUUAAUGCGGGCGGAUACACCUCAAUAAAAGCUUUCCAUGCUGAUGUCACCUCUUUGAUGAGGAAGCGCCUGAAGGAGGAGGAGCUUCUCCCUGACUAUCAGAGACCAACCAGUCAGGCCAGGGCACACUAUGUCAAACUGAUUGAGCAGGUUUUCAGUUGGUUUCCUGCACACCAUCUGAAAAAGUGGAACUCCUUCUCUGAGGAAUUCCCAAGUGGCAUGCUCCCUGAGGCGGUCCUCCCACCAUCUAAGGAGCACAGCUAUGCACAGUGGCUGGAAAGGACAUACCAGCCCAAGGAGUGCAGGGGCCCACAGGCAGGCAAAGCUGGCUCUCUGCUAUCCUCAGUCACUACACAGCUGUCUGGCGUAUCGCACAGCCUCCCUCUAUAUUCACAUGGUGUUAUGAGUGAUGUGGAAACCACAAAGGCUGAAGAUAUGCGACAGUGCGCCCUGUGCCAACAAUAUGGAGACUAUGCUCCCUGUGAUGCAGGACGGCUGUUGUACUUGGGACAGAAUGAGUGGGCCCACAUUAACUGCUGCCUUUGGUCUGCAGAGGUGUAUGAGGAGAACAGUGCUCUUUUGCAAGUGCACAGCGCUGUCUCAAGAGGGCGCCACCUGCGCUGUGAUCGUUGUGGGCAGUCAGGAGCCACUGUGGGCUGCUGUCUUGCCACCUGCCAGAGUAAUUUUCACUUCAUGUGUGCUCGUGCCCAGAAUUGUGUGUUCCAGCAGGACAGGAAGAUGUACUGCUACAAACACAGGGAUCUUGUCAGUGUGAAGAUGGUCUCUGGGAAAGGGUUUGAAGUCCAGCGGCGAGUAUACGUGGACUUUGAGGGGAUCAAUCUCAGAAGAAAGUUCCUCACAGGCUUAGAGCCAGAAUCCAUAAACAUGACCAUAGGUUCUCUGCAGAUUCAGAAACUUGGUGUGCUGUCAGAGCUGUCAUCAAAUGGGAGGAUGCUAUAUCCUGUCGGCUAUCAAUGUUCUCGGUUGUACUGGAGCACCGUGGACCCACGUAAACGCUGCAAAUACACCUGUAAGGUGACAGAAGUGAGCACACCUCUCCCUGGUGAGGAACAAGAUCCGCGAUGGGACCAAGAAGAGAAUCACACCAUAGUCCACAGUCCCAGCCACCAUAGAGAGUCCCCAGAUUGUUUAAGCUCCUCCUCCAGCCCAAUAAAGUCCACUACCCCAUCGCCCAACUCUAAACAGCACAACACGCCUGGAUCCAAAAGUCCUGGUUACACACAAACCAGGAGACCAGCAGGAGGUUCAUCUCGACCUCUUCCAUCUCCAGGGACCGCUCCUCCCAAAUCUCAUCACAUCCUGACACUGAGGGACCUGGAAGACACCCGUCGGCCUCGCAGGCUCUCAUCAAGAAGCCGCUGCAGCUCCUCGCCAACAGAUAGCGACCCAUCUGCACCGAUGACCCUCCGCUCCGGUGGCACCGUCCACUCCAGAUGUGCCCUGUUCAGCUCCCCUCCAAGAUCGUCAAACUUGGGGGCUGCAGCUCCUCUAUCACGACAGAACUCAACAUCACCUGUCUGGAGCUCCCCGCCUAGAUCCAACUCCAGCAUUUCUGCAGGGCUGUCACCGCGGCAAGGAGCCAUCACUCAUUCACCCAAAGGGAGGCAAAACUUUAGAAUCACCACUCCAGUUUCUGCAGAGGUUCCCCAAGACUUCUUGGCAUCGUCUGAGGCAGAAGAUGCAGCAGUGGCCACAACCAAUGGGAUCUCAUUAGCCCCCGAUAACCUGGAAGAGGAAGUAGCCCACCUGAUGGCCCAGGAGCUGCCUUACACAGUGUUUGAUACUGACACAGAGGUCGCAGUGGCCUCAAUGCUUAAUGCGAAGCUUGAGUUUGACGAGGCACUGCUCACCGAGAACGUGGCAGGUGUUGUGCAAGAUGUGGAAAUGCAGGAAGAUAAUCGGGAGAAUGACUCUGAAGAUGAAACCUCAAGCCAUUACUUUAAAUUUUCACGCACAGUGGUGUGUGACGCAGCUAGCAGCUCAGACGCCUCAGGUCAGCUCCCUUCAGCACAGUCAAUCUCACAGUUGGAUGGAGCGGACGGUGGGUCAGAGAGUGAUGAAAGCGGAGCAGUCGAUAAUGAAGCUCAGGACACAGAAGAAGAAGAAGAAGAAGAAGAAGAGGGAGAGAUUAAGAUUCACACUAACCAUAAUACACCUACGAAACAGCUGACAGUUGCUCUAAAGAGGCUGGAGUCGAUCUACACUGUGUCAAAGACAACAGUUGAACAAGGAACAGAUGAGCCAGACGUUCAGGAAAAUUCACUGCCGUCUGAUGUUCUUGAAUCGGGUUAUGUGCACGAUGACAUGUCAGUUCAGGGUGAAGAGGUCCUAAUGAGCUCUGAAACACCAACAUCUCCAAAUGAGAUGUUUUUGGAUUCAGCGACAGGCCAUUUUGUUUCAGCUGAAGAUGGUGCUGUAGUGUACCAAAAUAAAAAUGAAAUUGACAAUAAAGACGAAAGUAGCUCAUCAACUGACUCAGUUGGAGGAUUUAAAGAUGAUUUGAAUGACCCUGACUACUCCCCAGAGCAUGAAACCAAAAAAUCUCCCACAGCGCCGAUGAAAACCAUCAUUGUAAAGACAAAACGUCCAGUAUCAAACCUCAAGCGCAUGUCUGCUAAACCAUGUCUUCCACAACAGAAUAAACUCAAAUUGCUGUUACCGCCUCGACCUACGCAGAGUGUAAAUAAUGCGUCAGUCUCCCCUACAGCUGCUGCCUCUUUUUCUACCAUUCCACGGACAGUUACCUCCCCCAUUGUGAUCAACGGUUUGAACGCUCUACCUAUUCAGCCUGGCGCCACACGGGGCAGAACCGUCGCUAUCCGCUUGGACAACUCAAAGCCAGCGAGUCAGCAGCAAGUUGUGAUUCAGAAUCAAGGAGCAGCCACUGGCUCAACCCCGCCCCCCGCUCGUCAAGUCCUGCUGGUCAACCGUCAAGGUCAGAUCCUGAUCAAAGACCAGAGAACAAACACUUAUCAGUCACUCAGUACAAAUUCUCCUGCCUACAAUAAAAUAAGCCAGAUUGCUAAGAUUCUCCAUAGCGGAAACGCCUUUCAGCGCUCAGGCCCUCAUGUCAUAAUAAAGCCUCGUUCCAGCACCUCUGCCACAAAUGUCUCUCCCGCCGGUAACCACACAACAACAUCCGAGAGAAAAAUCAUUGUCAGAAUGGUUCCUGUGAAAAGCAGUGGGACUCCCACUCCCACAGCUCCUGUCAGUGUGCAGAGCGUUCCUGAGCCAGCUUUCUCUAACAUUGAAGAAAGCACAGCCCAGGCCAUUAUUGACAGGGCCAUGGCUACCCACCGUGACACGCCAAAGACAGAACCCAUCAUCCUCCGUAACACCCGAAGGCCAAAGGCCAGACAUAGAAGGCCGUCCAAGGUUCAGGACGCAGAGGACUCCGAUCAGUCCCCAGCUGCACGUUCAGAGUCCCCAAACAUGCAACCAACACCUGCUUCAUUGCACCAUCAAGUGAGGGUCAAGAUAGUGUCACCAGUGUCUGAAAGGCCCUCCAGGAAGAAAUCCAAGAUGGACUUCUUGAGGGAUCCCUCAAGUGACCUGGAUGAAGACAAUGAAGCCAGCAGACCGAGUGGUGUGAGAAUGAAAGCUCCUACAAUGAAGGAUGUUCUUGAUAUGGACCAGGAGAAUAUACCGGAUGAGCCUGAGCAAUUGAGGAUUACUGCUCCGCCACUUCCUACAUCCUCCAGGCAUCCUCGGGCUGAGAGUCCACCUACACACACACAAACCAACAGUCACGAUAUGGGUCAAACACACAUGUGGGUCAGCGCUCGCCAUGGAGACCUCUCUGAAUGGGGCCCUUAUUCAGGUUUUAGCUCAGAUGAUGAAUUACCUGCACCCAAACACAGAAAGAGGACAUACAUGAACCAGCCACACCUGCGUUUUGAAAUCACCAGCGACGAUGGCUUCAGUGUUAAGGCUAACAGCAUGGAGGUUGCCUGGCGUGCGGUGAUUGAUGGUGUCCUCGAAGCUCGUGCAGGCUUCCACCUCAAGCAGCUGCCUCUGGGCGGGAUGAGCGGCCCGCGGGUGCUCGGUGUCGUCCACGACGCUGUCAUCUUCCUGCUGGAGCAACUGCAGGGUGCCGCAAACUGCAAAUGCCACCGCUUCCGCUUCCACCGCUGUGAUUACAUCGAGGAAGAGCUCCCUCUCAAUCCAAGCGGCUGUGCUCGUUCUGAAGUUUACACACGGAAAGCAACUUUUGAUAUGUUCAACUUCCUGGCAUCACAGCACAGAGAGCUCCCUGACAUAGUAGGCCCUUUUGAUGAAGAGGAGGAUGAAUUCCCACUGAAAUCUUCCAGGCGAGCCACCAGCAGUGAGCUUCCCAUGGCAAUGAGAUUCAGACACCUGGAAAAAAUCUCGAAAGAAGCAGUAGGAGUUUACAGAUCUGAAAUUCAUGGUCGCGGCCUUUUCUGCAAAAGAAACAUUGAGGCUGGAGAGAUGGUGAUCGAGUACGCCGGCACAGUCAUUCGCUCUGUCCUGACUGAUAAGCGGGAGAAAUAUUAUGAUGGCAAGGGCAUCGGCUGUUACAUGUUCCGCAUCGAUGACUUUGAUGUGGUGGACGCAACGAUGCAAGGCAACGCAGCUCGUUUCAUCAACCACUCAUGCGAGCCAAACUGCUACUCUCGUGUCAUCAAUGUGGACGGUCGCAAGCACAUCGUCAUCUUUGCCCUGAGGAAGAUCUACCGAGGCGAAGAACUGACCUACGACUACAAGUUCCCCAUCGAGGACGAGAACAGCAAGCUGCACUGCAACUGUGGGGCGAGACGUUGCCGUCGCUUCCUCAAUUAGUAUAUCCAAUACACACACACACACACACACACACACACACCAUGUACCAAUAGCCAUCUUGCUGAAUGCACAGAAGAUGGACUUUGAAGAAUUCAUUGUGAUGUAGCCAUAAGAGUGAGGUCGCUGACGCUCACAGAACCGAUCUACUGAAAGUCUUCACUUUGUUGGAAGCUUGAUUGAUGGACUGAACGAGGACGGCAUGCGUACUGUUCAUUUCUGUCCCCUGAGCUGCCGUUGACUGUCACAGAAACCAGAUCAGAGCCAUAUGUCAAAAGCUUGGGAUAAAUACUAUUUAUGUGAUUUCAGACUGCUGGAUUUAUUUCUUUUUGGUCUGUUACAAAGUGCAGUUCAAUCAAUGAGACUGCACUAAUGUUUGGAUUCGUGUACUGUUACCAUCUUAUACAAUGCGUUCUCUCAGUUUUUACAUUGUUGAAUUCGUCGUGAGGAGCCUCUGCUGGAACUGGGGCUAGACAACAACCAGGAGGCAAUUAUUACCAGCUACAAACGGUGCAAACUUAAAUAACCUGGUAUCAGUUAUCGCUGUGUAAAGGGAGAUCUAUUAUUAUGCUGGUGACAGAACGUCUGUGUAAAUACAAGGUCACACAGAUGGAUGAGGAGAAUAUUAUUCAGCACCUUACUUUGACACGACCUUCUCUGGCAGCACUGGUGACAAACUUUCCCAGCAGAAUAAACACAUUUGCCUCAAGGCACCUCGUGUACAUUGUAGUGCAGCUACAUUUUAACCUCACUCUGGAUACCACAAUUCUUGUGAGCAGGGACUCCAAUGUUUUAGGUGCUGGUGACAUUUACCCCAAGACGUAGUUUUAAUAUAGUCACCCAAACCUUUUCCCGCCAGUCAGUAGUAAUUUCCUAUUUUUAUUCGUGAUGGCAGAAAUGCUUUGAUCUAAAUGCUUUUAUCCCACUAUUACAGUCUGUUCUUUAUUUGUUCAUUUGUGCCGUUUGUGUAUUUUAAGGUCUAUGAGGGAGCGUUUCCUUGAUGCAGGGGUUUGAACUGAAUAUAUAUAUACUGAUCUUGCUCUGCACAUUCCCUUAUAAAUCUUUUUGUAUUUUUGUAUAUUUGAACAAUAAAUGUAUAUUCAACAAGCUGAUGGAAAUAAAUGUGUUUGAGCUUUUAACUUUCUAUUUGUAAGUGAAGGCUGACUUAUAGAACUGAAGCUAUUGCUGAAUAAUGAUCCUAAGUUAAUCUUUUCCUCUUUUUUUUUUUCUUUCUUUUUUGCGGCUGUUUUGCACCCUUCUAUUUGUGUGUGUCUCACAGGUGUACUACCUCAUUGGUGUUAUGAAGCAAGAUUUAAUUUAAUUUCACAACACAUUUGGUGAAAAACUUCUUCCUCAUUGUUCAAUCUUUAUGAUUAUUACAUCUUGAUAGUAUGAAAACAAGCAACAUCAGUACUAUUAAACACUGACUUUCUAUUAUGCCUGCAAUUAUUUUGUAAGAAUAGGUGGCCACCGUUGUUUGUGUUUUCUCCUGUGUGCAACCACACCCAGCCAAUGGGUGUAGAUCUGAUCCUAGAGUUUAAGUUGAAGGCAGAAUGCUGUGGAUGUAUGAUUUGUGUUUUAGUGUUUAAUAAUUGAAUUUGACACGCAAAGCUUUGUUGCUUCAUCAGCUUGGAUCCUUGCUUGUACAUAGUUGUAUAAAGAAUUUCUAAACCUGUUAAAUAUUUUUUUACCUACGACUUUUUUUUUUCUUUUUUUUUUUUAUUUAUGUUCAAUAAAAAUUUGGAAUGUUCAGAAUUUGCCUUCCUCUUGCCGAUGUUUGUUUUACCCAAUUAAAUGAAUUUAAAUAUUA